AUGCGAGAUAAGCGAUAUUCUAUGGAUUCUUUUCGAGAUGACUUGGAUUGUUUUAGCGUAAAAAGAGUCGAAGCUAUUGUCGAUCCUAUUGUUCAUUCGGAAUGGGCUGAAAAAAGAUAUGUCUGGGCACCCGAUCGUAACGAAGGUUUUCUGCUCGCUUCGCUUAUCGAAGAUUUGCCAGAAGAUUGCGCUAAAAUACGAAUGGUACAAACAGGAAAAGAAGUGAUUAUCAAUAAAGAAGAUUUGCAAUCUGUAAAUCCACCUAAGUUUGAAAAAGUCGAAGAUAUGUCAUCGUUAUCUUAUCUAAAUGAGGCAUCUGUAUUGCAUAAUUUGCGGCAGCGUUAUUAUUCUUCACUUAUUUAUACAUAUUCGGGUCUUUUUUGCGUUGCAAUUAAUCCUUAUAAAAAAAUGCCGAAUAUUUAUUCGGAAAUUGUUAUUGAAAGAUAUCGUGGUCGGCGAAGAAAUCAACUUCCUCCUCAUAUUUUUGCAGUUGCGGAGGACGCAUAUCGAAAAAUGCUUUAUCAACAGGAAAAUCAAUCGAUCCUGUGCACAGGUGAAUCUGGUGCUGGUAAGACAGAAAAUACGAAAAAAGUUGUUCAAUAUUUAGUAUAUAUUGCGGGAUUAAGUCGUCAUGUAGGAAAUAAUUUGAAUCCGAAUCGGCUUGAUGAUCAGUUAGAAAAACAACUUCUGCAAGCGAAUGCAAUUCUAGAAGCAUUCGGAAACAGCAAAACGAUCAAAAACGAUAAUUCUUCUCGAUUUGGAAAAUUAAUUCGCAUCAAUUUUGAUCAAUCCGGUCUGAUCUUAGGAGGAAAUAUUGAAUAUUAUUUGCUAGAAAAAUCUCGAAUCGUUCGUCAAGCUCCCACUGAAAGAUCAUUCCACUUCUUUUACCAAAUGCUUAAAGGCAACUUCGUUGACAAAAAAUCUCUUCUUAUGGAGAAUGAUAUAAAUAAUUAUCGCUUUUUGUCAAAUGGUGAUAUAAACAUUAUUGAUAUCAAUGAUUCGAAUGAAUUUAAAGUAACAAUCAGUGCGAUGCAAAUCAUGGGUUUUCAGUGCGAUGAAAUUUCAGCAAUUAUUCGUAUGAGUAGUGCCGUCUUACUUCUUGGGAAUGUAGUAUUUUCCCAGCUUCAAAACUCGGAUCAAGCCUUUUUGGAAGAUGAUACAGUUAUGCAGAAGGUAUGUUGUCUUCUGGGUUUGCCUGUAUCUGAUUGUACGAAAGCCUUUCUCAAACCACGUAUUAAGGUAGGUCGCGACUUCGUACAUAAAUCGCAAAAUCAAGAACAAACGCAAUACAAUAUCGAAUCUAUUGCAAAGGCUUGUUAUGAAAAAAUGUUUCACUGGUUAAUCAGCCGCAUUAAUCGCUCGCUUGGCCGAAGUUCAAGGGGCAUAUCAACAUUUGUUGGAAUUCUGGACAUCGCUGGAUUCGAGAUUUUCGAACUGAAUGGUUUUGAACAACUUUGCAUUAAUUAUACGAACGAAAAACUGCAACAAUUAUUCAAUAAUACCAUGUUUAUCAUAGAACAGGAAGAAUAUAGGAUGGAAGGAAUUGAAUGGGAUUUUAUCGAUUUUGGCCUCAAUUUGCAACCCACUAUUGAUCUUAUUGAGAAGCCGAUGGGGAUAUUAGCGCUUUUGGAUGAGCAAUGUUUAUUUCCAAAGGCAACAGAUAAAUCUUUGGUUGAAAAGAUAUUCAUUCAUCAGUCCAAACAUCCUAAGCUUAUUAAGCCUGAAAGAAAGUCGAAAUCUGAUUUUGCCAUAAUUCAUUAUGCAGGUCGUGUUGACUACAUUGCUGAACAGUGGUUAAUGAAAAAUAUGGAUCCGCUUAAUGACAAUGUCAUUUAUCUUUUGCAAAGUUCAUCAGAUCUGUUCAUUAAAGAACUGUGGAAAAAUGGUAGGUUUUUUUCGAUAAGAUUAAUUUAUAACUAUUCGAACGCACUUUACAUCGUUAAAAUUUUUUUAAUUCUGUGGAUUAUUUAUUCGAAUUAA